CCUGUCAUAAGUGUAACCAUCACGUACUCUUUGAGGCUCCUAAAUACUCUUCCGAACGCAUGUGACCAGUUGUUGUGUCGCGUGUAACCUAGACUGACGCAGCGACGGAGGGGCAGCCUGAGGGACCGAACACCGAUUCCUGGAUAAUGUCUGAGGGCGGCAGUCAGGGCGACGUGGCAAUGAGGGUGGACGCGAACGUCCACAGGCCGGGGAUCACGCCGGAGGAGAUGGCGGCCGGCUACGACGAGUGGUCCGAGAACUACGAGGAGAUGAUGAUCUGGAAAGGCGGGUACCGUGGCCCCGCCAUCACGUUGGAGGAGGCGCUGCGUUGGGUACCCCUGGAGCGGCGAGCCAAGGCCAGGGUGCUGGACGUGGCCGCCGGGACGGGGUGUGUGGGCCGCGAACUCCACCGGGAAGGCUUCAGGUGGGUGCCGCAGGGCCGCAGACAGGGGGAUGUCCGGUCACCAUACUUAAAUAUCCUCCAGUCCACUGCCUCCUGCCUGCCAGUGCCUCAGCCUCAACACGAGUCCAACCCCAAGAGAUGAAGAUGAUGUGUUGGAAAUUACAGCAGCUUGUGUAGAGGCAGGGCCGCUGG